AUGGUGAGACGUCCUGUCGCUACGCAGGCUGCUCGUCUUAGUGUGGUGCAGCACGACCGGAGCGAUGUGCUGGCGACCGGCGGAGGAGACAAGCGCCUGAAGCUGUGGAGAAGCGCUACCCCGGGUAUCUCAGCCUUGUCGACGCUGACUGGUCACUCGGGCGAUGUUGUGUCAUGCUGCUUCAAGCCCAACACAGAUCUGUUGGUGUCGGGGAGUGAGGACCGACAUAUCCGAGUCUGGGACAUCAACAGCAACGAAUGUCUGCAGACGCUGAUCGGACACACGGCAGAAGUCUGUGCGUGCAGCUACGACCGAGACGGGUCGAUGCUGGCGACUGCCAGCAGCGACAAGACGGUCGGGAGGAGGGAGUGGUGA